AGCAAGAAUAUCCAGCAAGUGGAGUAAAAUUCUCUAUAAAGAAAGAGUUUAUCCGGGACGGCCGGACAGGAGGAAUACACAGACGGUCAAGAAGAUUAUCCUGGAUUCAGCGGGGCAAGUAUCCGGACACUGUUGGCCAAGAGGAAUAUCCGGAUACUGCUGGACAAGAGGAAUAUCCGGCCCGGCCAGCGGUUGAAGAUUCGGCCAAUUGCUGGACUAGAUAG